AUGGCCCCAAUCGAGCAUCUCACGGCCCCGCCAGGGAAGUCGGAUCUGGCUUACGUUCUUCCCUGCUACACCGGCGAGCUAUGGACGAUUCCCACCUCGAACUCGACGAUGCGCCUGCUGGUUACGGGCAAAGAGACAGACAACGCCUUUGCUGUUGUAGGAACAGGAGGAACAUUCGACAAACCGAUCGGCUUCCACUACCACAAAGAAGCACAUGACGUCUUCCUCUGUCUAAAAGGUAAGAUUAACGUCUGGGCCAACGAUAAAGCUCGCUCCUUGGGCCCAGGAGAUUUUGCCAGUGUCCCUCCAGGCACAAUCCACCAAUAUCAAAUCGAUUCAGCGCACACCGAAUUCAUCGGCCUGAUCAUCCCCGGCGGCUGGGAAGAAUUCUUUCGCUUCAUCGGCGAGCCCUACGUCGGACCCCUCUUCCCUACCAACGACCGCCGAAAUCCCUUCGAAGUGCUGAUCCCAAAGCUCAUGGCUGCAACCGAGAAAUUCGACAUGAUACCCGUGCGUGAGAAAGCGCAGUUUGAUCCUCAGCCUUGGGACGGGACGGAGAAUAAGCUGCCUGGUGUUUGUGAGGAUGGCGGGUAUUAUUUGAAAGAGGGAAUGGGCGAAAAGUGGGCAGUUGGUGGAACGGUGGUUAGACCGUUGGCUACGAGGAAGGAGACGAAUGGGCGGUUUAGUAUUUAUAGUUUGGAGGGGAGCUCGUUGCAGGCUGGGAAGGGUUUGAGCAAACCUGUGGAGUUUAAGGAGACGCACCAUGCGAUAUAUACCGUGGAUGGAGUUGUGAGGCUGCUUAUUGAUGGGAGUGAGGUCAAGACGACGGUUGGGGAGACGACUUUUGUCCCAGCUGGAGCCAAGUGGAGCUUUGAGGCUGAGAGUGUGUAUGCGAGAGCUUACGUUUUUGCGAAUGGCGGUGGCAUUGGUGAGAUCCUGCAGAGUUUGGGUUCGAAGUACGAAUUCCUGUCGGUGCCGACCGAUGCUGUGGCGUGGGAUGAGAGCAAGUUGAAGGCGUUAGAGAGUGAGUUAAGGUUUGCUGUUAUAUAA